UCGGGAGCCGUGCACGUCCUCGAACUUCCUCCCGUUAUCUCCGCGAUCCUUAUCAAUCAGAGAUGCGCCCCGAGGGGGUCUGAACUGUCGCGACCCUGGGGGUGUUUUUCUCCUGAGAGUUUUUUACGCGCCUUUCAUUUUAUUCCCGUGGACACAGGUGUAGGAGAGUGUUCCAAGUGAUCUCGAGCAAUGUGUCGAGGAAUGAGGCUUUUGACAUUAACAUCAGUGCUGGUCCUCGCCGUGGGUCAGGACCAUCCCUACCAUGGCAACCCGGAUGGCAUCCUCUUCCCUGGACCCAUCGGCAGGAAAUCUCAGGGAAUUCCUGACCUACGAAGCAGGACCCAGGAGAGAUCAGCUGAUUCCAGUGAUUUAUCGGUGGCUCUUAAAAUGGCGAAGGAGGUGAACGAGCUGCAAACCGUUGAGGACUUCUUAACCCAGGUCAAAGGAGUACCUCCAUCGGCGAAGGAUUUAUUCACCAUAGACAGCCGAAUUAGCGGAGUGGAGAGGUCGAAUGCAGAAGUGGCUAAGCCAGCGAAAUGUAUGCCGGAACUACAAACAGUUCCUAUCAAGGAAAACCACGCCGACCCCUCGACUAUUUAUUUCCCUUCUUGCACGCGCGUAAUGAGAUGUGGAGGAUGUUGCAGUCAUUCCUUGCUGUCUUGUCAACCGGUCUCGUCGGAGAUCAGGAACUUCCAGGUGAUAGUGACCAAAGUCGAGCACGGCCAGUCAUUGAGUUACAGAGGGAAAGAGAUAGUGCCAACAGAGGAGCACACCAAGUGCAAAUGCGACUGCAAGUUCAAGCCAGAGCACUGUACCGAGAAGCAAAUUUACGUGGAAGACGAAUGUAGAUGCACGUGUUCCAACGUGGACGAGGAAGAGAAAUGUAGACGCAGCAACGAAACGAAAUUGUGGGACCCUGAUCUGUGUUCUUGUUUGUGUCGUACCAGUCAAGAAUGUACCACUGGGUUUUACUUCGACUUGAAGACCUGCAGUUGUAGCGAAGUGCCCUUCUCACAGAACUGGUUCGCCAGCGACCGAAUAGCAAAUAGAUUUCAACCGAAUUCUAAACCUGAUACCCCACCACUAAUCGUCACCUUGGACGCAGCAGACCCCCGAAGAAAGCACAAGGAUGACCCUGAAUAUUAAUAACACGUAGAGGCUUCCUCUGUUCCCACGAACCAACAAUACACAGCACAGCAUUUAUUGUGAAAGCAUGAUCUUGAAAUGUUACCUACAGCAGAGAUCGGAAAAGUUGUUUACAUGUAUAAGGACACACUUUAACGACAUCAGGUAUUUAUAAGUAGUUACAAGUGUUACAUUGAGACAUAAUAAUCGUAUUAUUUAUGCUAUUUUAUUAAUAAAAAGACACAUGAGUGAUA